AUGGACGCACUGAUUCGAGAGCUCAGCAGCAUGCGUGUCGGAUGCCAUAUCGGCAAGGUCUGUGUGAACAAUAACAGCUAUGCGGACGAUAUGGUUCUGCUGGCACCCUCAGUUAGUGCGCUGAGAGCUUUACUCGGUGUUUGCGAAAAGUUUGCUGUCUCACAUGGUUUACAAUACAAUACCAAAAAGUCACAGUUCAUGGUGUUUAAGGCUGGCAGUAGAUGUCCUAGUGUUGUACCCCCUAUAAAGCUCUAUAACGAACCACUAGAAAGGGUCUAUAGUUUUAAAUAUCUUGGACAUAUUUUGACUGACAGUCUUAAAGACGAUGAAGACAUUGAAAGAGAACGUAGGGCACUGUCGGUCAGGGCGAAUAUGUUGGUGCAUAGAUUUGGUCGCUGCACUGACGCUGUAAAGAUCACGCUUUUCAAAGCAUAUUGUACGUCAUUUUAUUCUUGCAGCCUAUGGACCAACUACACCAAAAAGGCCUAUAGUGCCCUACGUACUCAAUACAAUAAUGCAUUUAGGGCGCUGUUGCGGCUGCCGCGCUACUGUAGCGCGUCUGCGAUGUUUGCACUGGCGGGUGUGGAUAGCUUUGAUGCAAUAAUCAGAAAAAAGACCGCAUCCUUGCUAAACAGAGUGCGCGGCAGCGGCCACAGUGUGCUGAGUGAGAUUGCAGACAGUGGGGACUGUCCACUGAUUAAACAAAUGAUCGCCAGGACUAUGUCCUGUUUAAUAAUUAAGUAUUGA